AUGGAACAAUCCUUUGAUGAUCCUUCAAAUCUUUAUAAAGUAUUAGGUGUUCCAAAAAAUGCUGAUGAUGAGACGAUUAAAAAAGCAUAUCGAAAAUUGGCUUUAAAACAUCAUCCUGAUAGACAUCAUGGUGGUACUGACAACUCUUCACAUAUAGAAAAAUUUCAAUGUAUUAAUACUGCCCAUAAAAUUCUUUCUGACAAAGGAAAAAGGCGUAUAUAUGACACAUAUGGUAUGAAAGGUAUCCAACUUUGGGAAGGACAUAAUGCUGAUGCACUACCAAACUUUAUUUUUAAGAAAUGGUUUAAACCUGUUUUCUAUACAUUAUUCCUUCUUUCAUGUUGUUGUUGUUUCUGUUGUUGUGGAUGUCUAUGUUGUUGUGGAUUUUGUUGUAACUUUUGUUGCGGGAAAUAUGCUCCAAAGGGUGAUUAUGAAGAAGAGAUUAAUUAUGAUUUGGCGAGAAAUGAUGAUGAAAAUGGAACUCAACGUGAUAAUGUUUCUGAGACACAAUCAUACAAUGCAACAGAAAGAGUUGAUGAUAAAAAAACUGAAGAAGAAGAAACUUCUAAAAAGAAUGAUAAUUGA